GAAACUGGGAGGAAGCUCUGAGCCUGGAGGGGACCCGCCGCCAUCUCAGGUCUCCAGGCUUUGCCAGGGCUCACUGAAGAAAGCUGACACCCGGGUCCUAUAAUCCUUAUGGGGGACCAACCUUGUGCCUCCGGGAGAGCCACUCUCCCACCUGGAAACACGCGGGAAGCGAAACCUCCGAAAAAGCGCUGCCUCCUAGCUCCGCGGUGGGAUUAUCCGGAAGGAACUCCAAACGGAGGUAGUACCACUCUCCCCUCCGCUCCUCCUGCUGCAUCUGCCAGCCUGAAGUCGCAUCCUCCUCCUCCCGAGAAGUAGUGGAAUAUUUUUCUCCCACCCAAAACCAGUCUAAAGAGAUUGCAUUAUGUCUCCAUGUCUUUGGUGCAUUCGUAAACUAGUUCAGCCAGUGAAGACAGUGAAGAUUAUUUACCAUGCUACGCUGCUUUUUCUGAUGUCCUGCACUUGGAAGUUGUGAAGUUUAAGUCUUAAGAUGUAAUCAGCGUGAUUGUACCUCCUGAAUUUGGAUGAAUUCUAGGACAUGGGCAAGAUCAGCUUGUAGACUUCUAAGACUGAACGUCAUGGCAUGGAUCAUAAUGAACUCACUAAAGCAGAUACUGCUCCUGAGAUGGUCCUGCAAGCAGAUAACCAGUGUGCUCUUUUGCUGAUAUUUUAGUUCUUGCCGUAUAACUUUAAGCUGUCAUAAAUUCAUUAACAUCCCAAUAAAUUUUGUCUCUUGUUGUUGUCUUAGAUAUUACUACUGCCUAAUAAAUAAUGUUUUAAUUAAUACUUCACCUGAACUCCAAAUAUAGCUAAAAUGGA